AUGGAAGGCCAAAAGGAAAAGAGCACCAGCAUAGAGCCACUUCAGAGACCACACUAUAUCAAUUUGAAUUGGGGUAAACCAUCCCCCUCGCUCCUUCCCACGGAUGCCCUCCUCUCCGCGACCAGAGGGGUGUUGUCACAGCCAUCGAUAUGGGAGACAGCUCUUCUCUACGGCGCCAGCGACGGCUACAUGCCACUGCGACAGUCCAUCACCGCCUGGCUGCAUCGCUAUUAUGGCAGCAAGGAAGAUGCUGAACACAUAUGCAUCACGGGCGGUGCAAGCCAGAACCUUAUGAAUGUACUCGCAGUAUUGACAGAUCCUUUGCAAACCAGGGCGGUGUGGAUGACAAGCCCGUGCUUCUAUCUCGCUUGUCGCAUGUUUGAAGAUGCUGGACUUAGCGGCAAGCUGAAGGCUGUUAGGGAGAUGGAGGGGGGCGACCUUGAUCUUGAGGAGCUGGAGCGACGCAUGCAGGAGGUUGACGACAGCUCUCUCCAAGCAUUGAAAAGGGGCAAAAUCAACAACUUAGACCUCAAACCCCAACUCUCAUCCCGCAAGAUCUACUCUCACGUCAUCUACGUCGUUCCCACAUUCAACAACCCCUCAGGCAGGACGAUCCCGCUUCCUUGUCGAGAAUCGCUUAUGCACCUGGCGCGAAAACACAAUGCCCUAAUCAUCUCCGACGACAUCUACGACUGCCUGCAAUGGACCACUUCAGCCAAAAACGAUAUCCCAUCAGCAGACAGCACAAUGACAAACGGUAUCACCAUGGCAAAUGGCAACGCCACGGUAAACGGCAACAAUCAGCACCAGUCUGAAACCCCUACUACAACUUACGAUGCGCCUGACAUCUCGAACGCCGCCCCUACCCGCCUCGUCGAUAUCGACCGCGCCCUUCCCCUCCUAGCAACCGACCCCUCUGGCUUCCGCCACACCCUCAGCAACGGCUCCUUCAGCAAAAUAGUAGCCCCCGGCGUGCGCACAGGCUGGGUCGACGCCUCCCCCGCCAUCUGCGCCGCCUUGGCUUCAUGCGGGGCUUCCAUCUCGGGCGGGUGUCCAUCGGCGUUCAUGGCUGCUGUGAUGCACCAGCUCAUGGUGAGGGCGGAGGGGAGAUGGUUGAAUGAACACAUCGGGGGGACGUUGGUGCCGGCGUAUCGGCAGCGGAGGGGGGUGAUGGUGAGGGAGAUCGGCAACGUGUUGGGGCCGUUGGGGUGUAAGUGCGUUGAUGGUGGAGAAGGGGGAAGAGAGGCGCUCGUUGGGGGGUUCUUUGUGUGGGUUGCGUUGCCGGAGGGGCUCAAGGGGACUGAGGUGGCGCGCUCGGCGACAGAAUGGCAGAAUUUGGUUGUUUGUCCUGGAACGUGGUUCACUGUUACCGGUGAUGUGGGGAAGGAUGACUAUGAGGGGCUUUUGAGACUCUCUUUCAGCUUUGUGAGUGAACUUGAUCUGGUGGAAGGGGUGAGGAGGUUGGGAAACGUCAUUGAGGCUUUGCUGCAAGGCAAAGAGUAG